GCUGCUGUCACUGAGUCGUAGUGAUUCCUCCAGGUCAGACCGGAGUAGACGGCUCGUAAAGUUCCAGCUCACAGCUCAAAGCCGAGCUGAAAACACGGGCUCGAUUUUGAACCUUACCUCUCCUGGAAGCGAGGAGGAGUAAAGAAGAGGAAACGCCAACUGGAAUUAGUCGAAGAGGAAUUUAUUGAUCUAAAUGGACAGUCUCGGGUUGAAAUCCCGCAGGACAGCUUUGGAUGACAGAGGAAUAUUUUUCCCCCAUUCUAGAUGAUUUUGUGAUGUUUGUUUGAAAUUCAUGAGCCUGGAUAUUUGAAUGAGGAUGACUGCUCUCAUGAGGAAGGUGCAGCAGGUGCUCUGCGUCCUGCUGCUGUGCGCUCUCCAGCUCUGCUGCGCUGACACGGAUGGAGUGACUGUUUGCUCUGGCACCCAAAAUGGCAUGAGCACAACAGGAGACCCAGAGAACCACUACAAACUGAUGAAGGAGCGAUACACCGGCUGCAACAUCGUGAUGGGAAACCUUGAGAUCAUCUUGAUGCAGCACACCCGGGACUUCAGCUUCUUGCAGUCUAUAAAGGAAGUGACGGGCCACGUUGUGUUCGCUAUGAACGAGUUCAGCCGUCUCCCUCUCGAUAACCUGCGUGUGAUCAGGGGCAACAAUCUUUAUGAGGACCGCUAUGCCUUGGCCGUGAUGCUCAACUACCAGAAAGAUGGUCAACACGGCCUUCAGGAGCUCGGCUUGACAAACCUCACAGAGAUACUUGAAGGAGGCGUCCAGAUAUUCGACAACAAGUACCUGAGUUACGCUCCACAGGUGAACUGGUUCGACAUAGUGAAGGAUGCAUCAGCUGAGCUUAUGAUCCAAAAGAACGGUCCUGAGAAGCCUUGUAAUGAAGCAUGCGGGAACGGGCCUUGUUGGGGACCAGGAAGCAACUCUUGCCAGACCUUGACAAAGACCGUGUGUGCGCCUCAGUGUAACAGCCGAUGCUUCGGAAGAAACCCGAGCGACUGUUGCCACGUUGAAUGUGCUGGUGGCUGCAACGGGCCCCUGGAUACAGACUGCUUUGCUUGCAAGAACUUCAACAACUCAGGAUCGUGUGUGCUCCAGUGUCCCCAGACUCUGAUCUACAACAAGCAGUCAUUCAAAAUGGAGCGCAAUCCCAAUGCCAAAUACCAGUAUGGCUCUAUCUGUGUGGCCCAGUGCCCCCCCAACUUUGUUGUGGAUGGCAGCUCAUGUGUAAGGAACUGCCCAGCAGAUAAAAUGGAGGUGGACAAAAAUGGAGCGAAGCGAUGCGAGCCCUGUAGAGGUCUCUGCCCCAAAGUUUGUGACGGCACAGAAAAACAGAAAAGCAAAACCGUUGAUGCAGCUAACAUUGACAGUUUUAUAAACUGCACUGUAAUCAAGGGCAGUCUUGACUUUACGGUGCUUGGCAUAAGAGGCGAUCCUUACGAAAAAAUACCACCCCUCGAUCCAGAAAAGCUGAAAGUCUUUAACACUGUGCAGGAGAUUACAGACUACCUCAACAUCCAGUCGUGGCCUGAAAGCCUCUCGAACCUGUCGGUCUUUUCCAACCUCCAAACAAUACAAGGAAGAAAACUUUACUCUGGAGGGAACCGUAACAAAAGGGGCUACUCUUUCCUUGUGAUGAAUAUCCCGUCUCUCACCUCCCUCGGGUUGCGCUCCCUGCAGAAGUUGAAUGACGGCGGUGUCUAUAUCACCAAAAACAAGAAUCUGUGCUACUACAACACUGUGAACUGGAUGCGCAUCAUUUCCAGGCCCCAGAAACAGCAGAAUAGGAGCCUCAUCAAGGAAAACCAGAAACCGGAGCAGUGUGAUGUGGAUGGCCAUGUGUGUGACCCCUUGUGCGCUGAUGGCUGCUGGGGCGCGGGGCCGGAUCAGUGUGUUUCCUGUAACAAGUACAGCCGUGGGGGGACGUGUGUGUCAGACUGCAUGUUCCUCACUGGAACUAGGAGGGAGUUUGCUACACAGUCAGGCGAGUGUUUGCCAUGUCAUCCUGAAUGUAAAGUCCAGGAAGGAAUGAAGACUUGCACGGGGCCGGGAGCAGAUCAGUGUGUUGCAUGCUCCAGCCUGCAGGACGGUCCACACUGUGUCUCCUCGUGUCCCGAUGGUGUGAUGGGCGGGGAGGGAGUCAUCUUUAAAUAUGCCAGCAAACAAGGCCGUUGUGAGACAUGCCACAUGAACUGCACCCAAGGAUGUACUGGCCCUAGAAUCGGGGACUGUGUGGGAAUUGCUCCUCGAGCCCUGACUGGACAUGCAACCACCGGCAUAAUAUUGGGAGUCCUCGCCACACUCUUCAUUUCAUUCUCCAUCUUUGUGCUGACCACUCUGUGGCGCCGAAGCAUCGUCAUCCGUCGUAAGCGAGCCAUGAGGAGAUACAUGGAGAGUGGUGAAAGUUUCGAACCUUUGGAGGAGAAAGAGAAAGUCCACGCUCGGAUCUUCAAGCCCUCGGAGCUGCGUAAGAUCAAACCUCUGGGUAAUGGAGCAUUUGGAACCGUCCACAAGGGCGUUUGGAUCCCUGAGGGAGACACAGUGAAGCUGCCUGUUGCCAUCAGGACGAUUCAUGAUCGCACUGGUCGACAAAAUUUCUACAAAGUGACAGAUCACAUGACUGCGAUGGGAAGCAUGAACCACAUCAACGUUGUGAGGACGUUGGGUUUCUGUCCAGGCGACAGCCUCCAACUCGUCACCCCUCUCAGCAGUCAGGGCUCCAUGCUGGAGCACGUCAGGAGCAACAAGAACAAGCUGAGCCCACAGAGGCUGCUCAACUGGUGUGUCCAGAUAGCAAAGGGAAUGAAUUACCUGGAGGAAAACAGGAUUGUCCACAGAAACCUGGCUGCCAGAAACGUUCUCCUCAAUGACAACUUCACAGCACAGAUUUCAGAUUAUGGCGUGGCGGACCUGCUCUAUCCUGAUGACAAGAAAAACUUUUUUAAUGAGGGCAAGACACCAAUCAUCAAGUGGAUGGCCCUGGAGAGCAUCUUGUUUCGCAGAUACACUCAUCAGAGUGAUGUGUGGAGUUACGGUGUGACUGUUUGGGAGAUGAUGUCUCACGGGACAGAGCCAUACUCCACCAUGCGUCCACAGGAGGUUCCUGAUCUGUUGGAAAAGGGCGAGCGUCUUUCUCAGCCUCAGAUAUGCACCAUCGACGUCUACAUGGUGAUGGUCAAGUGCUGGAUGAUCGAUGAAAAUGUCCGUCCAACAUUUAAGGAACUGGCUGGAGAAUUCACCAGAAUGGCCAGAGACCCGCCUCGCUACCUGGUCAUCAAAGAAGACUGCAAUCAACACGAUUCACCGCCUGACGAAGUCGCCCAGCGGAGUGCAGACCUGGAUGAGCUGGAUGAUUUAGACUUUGAUCUGGAGGACAUUGGAGUUCACACCUCGGCGGACUGCGGGACUCCAGGACCUCACCUCCUGUCCAGGAGUCUGAGCCGAAUCUCCAGGACCGACACUAACAGAGUGGUGCUCAAUCCAUCAACCGUGGCUGGAUACCUGCCCAUGACCCCAGGCUUUGGAGGACAGUCCCGUUCUCGACUGAACUCUGCGCGCACCGUGUCUGAGAGCUCAGAGGGCUGUGGCACUGCGGUGGACAUGGAGAUGAGCGAGGACUUUUCUUUGCCAGGAAGUCUGAAAAGAAGACGCCAACGUGAGGACAGCGCUUACGUGUCACAGAGGGACAGCAUGUCCGGUGGGCCGCCAGAGACCCCGUCGCCUGACGCAGAGGAGGAAGAUCAGAACGGAUACGUCCUUCCUGGAGGAAGCCCAGAAAGAGACACCCUAAUGUACUCAUCUCGAGCCACUGCAUGCAGAAUGGGAAAGUCUUACUCGUUGGGCCUCCUGGACAGCCCAGAUGAUGAGGAGUAUGAGUACAUGAACAAGCAAACAGCUGUUUCUCUGAGGCACAACCCCCACUGGCUGAGGUCGAACAAGAGACGAACUUAUUCCCUAUCGUCACAAGCGACAGCCUACUGCGACACGACGCUGAGCUUGGAGGUCGGGGGAGGGCAGAAGACGAGUCAGAAAAAUCCCCAUUCGGCCCAGCAGGGUUCCAAGGAGGUCCAGUAUGAAUACAUGGACAUCAGAUGUAACGAGAAAGUGGACAUCCCACCAGAGCACGCCCUCCCCCCACCUCCGAUUCUACCGAGGACGAGAGGAGACGCUGCGGAGAGACAGGAGAGCGGAUACGUCGAGAGUGACGACUAUCAGUACACGAACAGACAGACAGCGCAACAGCAGCCUGCUGUGGACAAUAAGGAGCCCAGCAGUGACAACAGUGAGGUGGAUCAAUACGAGGACAUGGACUGCUUUGCAGCUGUGUCACCUGCUGUCGACACAGUCGUUUACCAGAACAUGCGGAGGGAGGGCAAGGUAGCGGUGGACUGCACAGAAAUGCACCCGUUGGGCUUCGAUCCCCACCUUAGGGUCGGAGUCGGGAUCGGGGAACCUACGUCCACUGAAAGAUCCUUCGACAAUCCAGGAUACUGGCACAGCAGGAUGUUCUUGAAGUCCAACGUAGUGCCGACUUGAAGAACACGUUUAUCUCAGUCUCGGAAGAGAUUCAUGAAGGACCUGAAAAAGGAAAAGAAUCAACAAGCCACAUAAUGUAGCCUUUGAUACAAUCUCAAUGAAACAUAAAAAAAAACAUAAAGACUGGAAUUAAAACCUUACAGAACAUUUAAUAAGGUGUGAAGACUUUGUAUUUUUUUUAUGAAUCUAUAUUACAAAUGUUUGUGCUUUCAUGUUUUUUGUUUUGUUUUAAUAAGAAUUUUAUGUAUGUUUUUAGCAUAGAUGCCCAUAUCUUUUUGAGGGGGAAAAACUAUUGGAAGUGCGUCUGAUGAUGAAAAACCUCAGGAUAUUGAAGAACUUUAUCAGAAUAAAGGCUGGCCUUAUAAUAACUGAAAAUGAUUAUACAUAUUGAAAUAAACCUUUAUAAUGCUAUCUGGUUUAUUCAUUUGUAAAAUGCUUAUAUCCACAUGCUGUUUAUUAGACCUUCAUCAUGCUUCCCUACCGCCAUGAUAGCAGGGAUUGUGCGUUUAUGUCAGCUGUGCAACAAGACAUUUACAGUUUUUUAAUGAGACAUUAUGGGAACGUUUCUCACCAACAGCAAUAAUAACUCUAGUAGAUCUACAUUAUUUCUCCAUCGUUCUCAAAAAUGGGCUUCUGUGCAUUUUUUUGUCAUUAUGUUUUUGGCCUUUGAUUUUGGGCAUUUCAGGAGUUAAAAGCACUGCGUGUUUAAAGCACUAACACGAAACAGAUUACAAGCUACAAUUACUGUUUACAUUUUCAGUAAGUUAAAUGUUUUUGAGAACAAUGCACGUCAAUGUAUGUUUUUAGACCUCUGUGAGUGAUUACAAAUGACAUGCAUUUUGUAAACAAUAAAGAUAAUUACAAACACUA